AUGCCGCCGCCGCCGACGUCCCUUCGUGCGUCACUGCCGCUGCUGGCGCUGCUCCUGUUAGGCUGGGCGACGACCGCGGUGAUCGUCCAGGGAAGCGAUCGACAGGUGAACAACGACCAGCAACUGUACGACGCGUUUGUCGAUCAAACCGUCGGCAGCAUCGGAUUGGCUUACAAUGACGCCAGUUUGGCGCCGUAUGCGACGGCGCUGACGAAUUAUCGCAGCCUCAACAUCUACGGGGCGCUGCCGGGCGCCAACCCCACCUUUGACUUCGCGUACAUUGGGGGCGCUGUGUCGCUCGCGGCUGGUACCACAUUCAAGCUGCAAGGUUUAAGUCUCUUCCGUAUGCAAGCACUUCGCGCGCCUGUGGGGCUGUUCACCACGUCACCGGGGGCCACCGUUGUCGUACAGGACUGCAUUAACAACCAGCAGGUGUGUUGGCCCAGUGAGGCCGCACAGGUGUACUUCACGCAGGUGUUCACGAGGCCCGCGGACUUCCCUGGAGCCCAAACCGCCACCAUCUGCCCGCCGAACUCGGAGACUACGUGCAACCAGUACACUUUCAACGGCGGCUACAACAUGCAUUACGUCAACACCGUCAUCAACUGCCAGACCUUCCCGGAUCCGCUACCCGUGUGCCCCACUCUUGCCGCCGACGUGGGCACCCCCAGCGCCUACAACUGCCUUGCCAUGUCUCUUUAUGUCCCAACAACGGUGUUGCUGCAGCAGCAACGAGUUACAAAAGCUAUUAAGUUGGAAGCUGUUGGUGACGCUGUUAACAUGAUCACAGAGGCAGGUUGCGUAGUGUUUGUGGAGGGAGAGGGAGUUGUUGUGCAUGGCCUGGGCCUGCGAGGGCGUUGGGCUGCGAGGGGGCUGCAGUACUAG